AUGGUCAAACCCUAUUAUCGUAUUGUACCUGAGAAUAUUACAGGUAUGAUUGCUUCUCCUCAUGCUUCGAUCCAUUACUAUUACAAUCAUCAUCAUGGUACCAUGGUUCACCCGACAUCAACAACAACAACACGAGAGUCUCAUCGACUCCUUCACAACAACAACAACAAUAACACCACUCUACCUCCACUCUCAACAUUUUCUUCUCUCAUUCUCUCUCCUCUUCUCUAUCAAAUUGGUAUUUGGAACACGAGAGAAAAUUCUCUUAUUCAAACCAUUCUUCCACAAGAUGAAUCCUAUUAUGGUGGUUCUAUUCAUGAAGGAACUAUGAAAUAUAGUAACAUUACUUGUCUUUCCUAUUCACCACCAUUCAUUGCAGCAGGAUAUCAAAAUGGUAAAAUAUUAAUUUAUAAUUUACAAACUCAACAACAAGUAUUGUAUGCAACUGGUCAUUCAAGUAGUGUGACUUGUUUACAAUUUAAUAAGGAUACUUCACUGCUGAUGAGUGGAGGUGAUGAUACAGACAUUGUGUGUUGGGAUGUCACUGCAGGUCAAUCCAAAUAUAGAUUAAGAGGACACAAAGGUAGAAUUACAGGAUUACUAUUUUUAGAAAAGUCCAAUGCACUCAUUAGUAGUAGUAAGGACAUGCUCAUAAAAAUAUGGGAACUGACUACAUGUCAUUGUGUUCAAACAUUGAUUGGAUCUCGUAAUGAAAUAUGGUCUAUUUGUGUAGAUCCAUUUGAAUCUCGAUUAUUUGCUGGUAGUACAGAUAGUGAAAUUAGAGUUUGGAAUAUUCAAGUAUUCCAAAAUAAGAAAUCCCAAUAUUUUUAUGAAAAUGAUCCAAUCUUUAUGGGAACAUUAAAGAGAAGAGAUGAAAGUAGAGUAUUACAAAUGAAAUUUGAUCCAAGUGGAACUCUAUUAGGUGUCAUUGGAGCUGAUUCCAAAAUAUUGGAAAUCUUCAAAUUGAGAAGUGAAAAAGAAAUGGAAAAAAAAAAGAACUCGAAUGUGACCUCAACAACACCAAAUAUGGAAUACAAGUGGUGGUUACAAGUGAAAUCCAAUUAUGAAUUGAGAUCUUUUGAUUUUAGUCCCUAUGAAAAGUGUUAUGAUUUAAAUCGAGAAGAGAUGAACAAUGAACAAGAAGUGACUAGUACUAUGGAUUCUACUAUUGAUACUGAAAGUACUACUAAUUCUACUACUAAUACUACUGAUCCUACUACCACUACUACUAUGGAUACCACCAUCACCACCACAUUUAAAAAUCCAUAUUCAUCUCAAUUAGAUGAUCGAAAACCAUCAAAUUUCAAAUUAAUUGUCUCUACUCUGCGUAACACGAUUGAAGAGUACAACAUUGAACCAUCCAAACUUGUCAAGAUUCAACAGAAUGACCACUCAAUGAUGGAUGGUAUUUCAUGCACACACAUCAUUGAAAGACAAGGACAUGGUACACCUGUUCGUGCCAUUGCCAUUUCACCCGAUGAUCCAACCAUCUGUUUAUCAUUGUCUUCUAAAGAAUGUCAUAUUUGGAAUUUAGAGACUAUGAAAUGUAUCAAAUCAUUGAAUGAUGUUGAACAUGGAUUAUGUGCUCUAUGGAUUCCAUCGACGAAUCAUCGUUACUGUUUGAUUGGUACUAAAAAAGGAAAUAUUCAAAUUUACGAUGUGAAUCUUUCGGAAUGCAUUGAAAAUAUUCAAGCUCAUUCAGCAAGUGUUUAUAGUAUUCAAUUUAUUCCUCCAUCUCAAGAGAAUGAUUACAAUGGUGGUAUCAUGAGUGCAAGUAGUGAUAAGACUGUAAAAUUCUGGGAAUUUGAAAUGAAAACAAUUAAUAGUAGAAGUAGUAUUACUACUACUACUCCUCACAAGAAACAAGUUCUAUCAUUGGCCAUCAAAAAUGUCUUGGAAAUGAAUGAAGAAAUUAUUGCCAUGACCAUUUCAAAGAAUGGUAAAUAUUUGGCACUCUCUCUAUUGGAUAAUACUGUGAAAAUAUUCUAUUUGGAUACCAUGAAAUUCUUUUUAUCCUUAUAUGGUCAUAAAUUACCAAUCAAAUGUUUAGACAUUAGUAGUGAUGAACAAUUGAUUGUAACAGGAAGUGAUGAUAAGAAUAUCAAGAUAUGGGGAUUAGACUUUGGUGAUUGUCAUCGAUCUCUAUUGGCACAUGAACAAGGUAUUAGUGCCAUUAAAUUCAUUCCUGACACUCAUUACUUUUUUAGUGCAUCCAAAGAUGGAAAUGUGAAAUAUUGGGAUGGUGAUAAAUUUGAAUUAAUUCAAGUGGUGACUAGUCAAUACAUUUCAAAAUCACCACUGUGGUGUAUGGAUGUUAGUUCUGAUGGAUUAAGAAUGGUUGUAUCAGGACAUGAAAGAGCUCUUUUUAUUUAUAGACAAUCACAAGAAGAUUUACUAUUUUUAGAAGAAGAGAAGGAGAAGAGAUUUGAAGAAGAACAAUUAGAGAAGGAUUUACCACACUCUCAACAAUUUAAAGAUUUAUCAUUACCUGGAAUGGAAGUGACUCAUGCUGGACAACGAAGUAUGGAAACCAUUCGAGAUGGUGAAAAAUUAAUGGAAAGUUUAGAGAUUGCAAUGAAUGAAGAGAUUGAAUCGAUGCAAAACAACCAUUCAACAACAAUUUCAAAUAAUCCUCUUUUACUUUCUCUCACCAUUGAAGAAUAUGUUUGGAAAUGUUUAACACGUAUUGCUCGAUCAGAUUUGGAUAUGGUACUUUCAAUUAUUCAUUUCUCUCAUGCCUAUUUCAUUUUAAAACAAUUGGACAAGUUGAUGAAAAAGAAAUCAGUAGAUGUUGAAUUGAGUACACGAAUCAUUUUAUUAUUAAUUCACAUUCAUUACAAACAAUUAGUUCAAAGUCAAUCCGAUCAAGAUACCUUUGAUUUGAUGCAAUCCUUGCAUGAACAUGUGAAGAGUGCAUUACAAGAACAAUCUCAAAGAAUUGGAUUUAAUAUUGCUGCUUUGAAUUUUAUAAAGAAUCGAAUGAAGAAUGAACAAGAAUUAUUUGAAUUUACAAAACAAGCCAACGUGAAUGACAUUGUCAAGUCCUAUCGAGAGAAACAACGUGAAAAGAGAAGAAUUGCCAAGUAUGAACAAGAACAAGCCAACAAUAAGAAGAAGAAGAUUCACAAGAGAAUGAGCAAAUUUAAGGGACUAUUGGAGAGUAUGAUUGAAAAGAUGGACAAUGAUCCAACCAAACAAGUCAUUUUUGAGAGUAAUGACCCUUCAUUGAACAACAAACAAAAAGAAGGAUUGAAGAGAAGGCUCAAAGAUUUGGAAGAUAAGAACACGAAAAAGCUAAAAGAAAUGAUUUAUGAUCCAAAUGAAGAGGAGGAUUUGAUGAAUGAACUAGCCAGUUGGGAUUAA